AUGUAUCGUCACAUCAUUUUGUUGUUUUGUGUUUUUGUACGAGUUCAACCUUAUACAAGUCUGCAGAAAGGAGGACCAUGUGGAAAAUAUGAUAAUAAUUGUGUAACGAAAACAUCAAAUAAUAUUUUUAAAAAAGCCGUUGAUGGUGAUCCUUCAGCUAAUUUUAAAUCUUUAGAACCAUUAAAAGUAAAGCAUAUAGAAGGGAAAUUCGGUAUAAUUAAUUAUGAUCUGUAUAAUAAUAGCUUAGUGGGUCUUAAGAAAUGCGAUAUUGUUGACACGCAACUAAUGUUGGAACAAAAAUCAAUGCAAAUUAAAUUAAUUUGCCCGUACCUGUACUUCCGUGGUAUUUAUGAAGUAUCUGGAUAUCUUAUAUUAGUUCCUAUUGAAGGUAAAGGCGAUUACAGACUCGAAACCAAGGACUACCAUAUUUACAUCGAUACUGAAACAAAAAUAAUUCAGGCCGAAGACGGAACAAAAUACUUGAAUUUUAAGAGUUUUAAAGUUACUGGUGAUCUUAGAGGAGGAAUGGUUAUUGAUCUGAAAAACUUAUUCAACGGGCAACACAAGGAAUUAGCAGCAAACAUAAAACCAUGUAAAACGUAUGAUACGACAUGUGUCACAAAUACUGCCAACAAUAUUUUUGGUAUAGCCAUUAAUGGGGAUACUUCAAUGAAUAUUGAGCGGCUCGAUCCAAUAAAACAUAAAUAUAUAGAAGGAAAUCUUGCUAUUAUUAAAUAUAAGUUAUUUAAUAGUACUAUAGUCGGUUUCAAGGACUGCAAUAUUGUGGAUGCUAAUGUGACCUUGGAGGAUAACUCAAUGCAUUUCAAAUUGAUCUGCCCGUACUUGUACAUGUAUGGUAAAUAUGAAAUGUCUGGAUUACUUGUAAGUGUUCCGAUUGAAGGAAAAGGCGAUUACACACUUAGUGCAAAGGAUUAUCACAUUUUCAUCGAAACACAGACAAAAGUUAAUAAAGGCAGUGAUGGUAAAAAUUAUAUAAACAUCAAGAAUUUUAUAGUAAAUGGUGAUUUGAAAGGAGAAUUGGAUCUCGACCUUAAGAAUUUAUUUAACGGGGAACAUGAAGAAUUAGCGGACGCUGCCCUCAAAUUUGCUCAUGACCAGUCAAAAGUAGUCUCCAAGCUUCUUCAAGGACCCAUAGUUAGUGUUAAUAUUAAGAGUGUCAUUAAAAAUAUGAACAAAUAUCUAAAAAAUCAAUCUCUGGAUACAAUGCUAAUUAUUUAG